AUGCGUAUCGUCCCAAGCCGUCUCCUCCCCUCCGCGUCCAACUCCCACAGCAACUCUCGAAGCCAAAGCCCGAUGCCGAUGCGUCCACGGCACGAGCACGCGGGGCAGCCUCCUGCCGACGCCGGUAACGGCCUCGCCCUCAAGGUCGUCAUCAUCAAGGCCCGGAAUCUUGCCGCCAAGGAUCGAGGAGGCACAUCCGACCCGUACCUCAUGCUUUCCCUCGGCGACUCCCGCGUCGUCACCCACUCGGUUCCCAAGACGCUCAACCCCGAAUGGAACGUCAUGGAGGAGCUGCCCGUCCAUUCGGUCCAGAGCCUCGUCCUCGACGCCAUCUGCUGGGACAAGGACCGCUUCGGCAAGGACUACAUGGGCGAGUUCGACCUCGCCCUCGAGGAGAUAUUUCAGAACGAGCAGGCCGAGCAGGAGCCGACGUGGUACCCCCUCAAGAGCAAGCGGCCCGGCAAGAAGACGGGCGUCGUCUCGGGCGAGGUCCAGCUCCAAUUCACCCUCCUCGACACCUCCAACCCGGCCUCGACGGCGCAGGAGAGGCUGGCCAAGCUCUACAGCCUCAUCGGCUCCGAAGCGACGGCUUCCUCGCGGCAGGGAACGCCCUCGAUGAGCCAGAUUCUCGGCCUCUCGGCCAUGCCAAGGUCCGACCCGACCUCGUCGUCACCCGACGAGGCGGCCGACGACUACGACGACGAGUACCUCACCGAGUUCGACGAUGAAGCCAUGUACGAAGCCGGCGACGCCUCCAAACCCGAGGCGGCCGAGCGGCGGAGGAGGCGGCUGAGGAUCAGCGGCUUGAAGAGGCGACGACGCGAAAACCCCUACGCCUUCAACAACGGUUUCUCCGACGUCGUCGGCAUCAUCUUCCUCGAGAUUUGCAAAAUCACCGACCUCCCGCCCGAGUCCAACCUGACGAGGACGAGCUUCGACAUGGACCCCUUCGUCGUCGCCUCCCUCGGCAAGAAGACGUACCGCACCCGCCGCGUGAGGCACAACCUCAACCCCGUCUUCAACGAGAAGAUGAUCUUCCACGUCCAGGGCCACGAGCAGACCUACUCCUUCUCCUUCACCGUCAUCGACCACGACAAGUACUCGGGCAACGACUUCAUCGCCUCCUGCACCCUACCCGUCCCCGGCCUCAUCGACAAGGCCCCCAAGGCGGACCCCGACACGGGCCUGUACCCCCUGCGAGACCCUCCCGAGCACGCGCCCGCCGCCACCAAGGGCCGCUUCAUGCGCCUAGGCAUGUCUCGCUCGUCGUCGUCGCAGAGCCUGAGCAAGCUCAUGCGGCCGGGCCUGUCCAAGAACGCCGCCGCCACGCCGCCGCCGGCGUCGCAGCCGAACCCGGCCAACGACGCGGCCCACAACCCGCCGCCGCCGCCGACCAGCCACCCCCUCCUCGCGGGCGCCGACGGCCAGGCGGGCGCGGUCGCCGAGGCGGCCGAGGGCGGGGCCGAGGGAGACGACCCCGACUUCCACGACUACGUGGUGCCCUUGAAGAUGAAGAACCUCGACAAGUGGGAGUCGAAGCACAACCCCGUCCUCUACCUGCGCGCCAAGUACAUGCCCUACUCGGCCCUGCGGCAGCAGUUCUGGCGGGCCAUGCUCCGCCAGUACGACACGGACGAGAGCGGCGAGAUCAGCCGCGUCGAGCUGACGACGAUGCUCGACACCCUCGGCUCCACGCUCCGCGAGUCCACCAUCGACGGCUUCUUCCAGCGAUUCCCCCACAAGGCGGCCGACAGCGAGGAGGCCUGGGAGAUGACCAUGGACGAGGCCGUCACCUGCCUCGAGGACCAGCUGGACGCCAAGAGCAAGGCCUCGCCGUCGGCGGCCGGCGCCAAGCUCCGGGGCAUGGUGCCGGACCUGAAGCACCUGGGCAUCCGCGCGAAGCUGGGCUCCAACUCGAGCCCCGAGGACUCGGGCACGUCGACGCCCCAGGUCCCCUUUGAGUCGCAGGAGUCCGUCUCGGUGCCCGACGCGAGCGUGCCGGCCGAGGCCGAGGGGGAGGAGGACACGAGCAGCGACGACCGCGGCGAGGAGCACGUCGUCGAGAUCCGCGAGUGUCCCAUCUGCCACCAGCCGCGGCUCAACAAGCGCAGCGACACGGACAUCAUCACGCACAUCGCCACGUGCGCGAGCCAGGACUGGCGCCAGGUAAACACGGUGCUCAUGGGCGGCUUCGUCACGGCGAGCCAGGCGCAGCGCAAGUGGUACUCCAAGGUCAUUACGAAGCUCUCGUAUGGCGGCUACAAGCUGGGGGCGAACUCGGCCAACAUCCUGGUGCAGGACCGCAUCACGGGCCAGAUCAACGAGGAGAAGAUGAGCGUAUACGUGCGGCUGGGCAUCCGCCUGCUCUACAAGGGAUUGAAGUCGCGAGACAUGGAGAACAAGCGAAUCCGCAAGCUUCUCAAGAACCUGAGCAUCAAGCAGGGCAGGAAGUUCGACGACCCCGCGUCCAAGGAGGAGAUUGAAAAGUUCAUCGACUUUCACGGUCUCGACAUGUCCGAGGUGCUGCUGCCGCUGGACGAGUUCAAGAACUUCAACGAAUUCUUUUUCCGCGCCCUAAAGCCCGGGGCCCGACCGUGCUCGGCACCGGCCAACCCGAGGAUCAUCGUGUCGCCGGCCGACUGCCGCAGCGUCGUCUUCAACCAGAUCACGCAGGCCACCAAGAUCUGGGUCAAGGGCCGCGAGUUCAACAUGAAGCGCCUCCUCGGCUCGGCCUACCCCGAGGACGCGGCGCGGUACGAAAACGGCGCGCUGGGCAUCUUCCGGCUGGCGCCGCAAGACUACCACCGGUUUCACAUCCCCGUCGACGGCGUCAUGGGCAAGCCGGUGACCAUCGCGGGCGAGUAUUACACGGUCAACCCCAUGGCGAUCCGGUCGGCGCUCGACGUCUACGGCGAGAACGUCCGGGUGCUGGUGCCCAUCGAGUCGGCCGAGCACGGGCGCGUCAUGGUCAUCUGCGUCGGCGCCAUGAUGGUCGGCAGCACCGUCAUCACGCGCGAGGAGGGCGACGAGGUGCGGAGGGCCGAGGAGCUCGGGUACUUUAAGUUUGGCGGCAGCACCAUCCUGCUCCUCUUCGAGCCGGGCAAGAUGCGCUUCGACGACGACCUGGCGGACAACUCGAACGGCGCGCUCGAGACACUGAUCCGCGUGGGCAUGUCCAUCGGCCACUCGCCCAACGAGCCGCAGUGGACGCCCGACAUGCGCAAGAGCGAGGAGGACAUCACAAAGGCCGAGAAGCAGGAGGCCAAGCGGCGAAUCCAGGGCAACUUUUCCAUGGACUCGUCGUCGCCCGGGGACAGCAGCGGCUCCGACGACGGGCCUCCUCCGCCGCUGCGGAGGAUGUCGACGGUGCCGACGAUGACGACGCUCGCCGCGUCGGCCUUGUAG